AUGUUUCGUUUGAUAAUAAUAAUUGUACUUGGUGCUUUAUGUUCUUGCGUUGUAACGAAACCGUCAAUCAAGUAUACAAUGCACUAUAGUAAUUAUCGUACUCUUGGAGCCAAUUGGUCGACUACGACAAAAUAUCGAGACGAAUCCAUCACAUACAAAGUAGUCAAUUGGAGAAAUUAUACGAAUUCUUUGGAAGAUUUUAUAAAAGAAUAUCCUACUGUUACUAUUCAAACUGAUGGAAUGGCUAAAUCUUCAUCUACAAUUGGAGAUGUAGGAUCCGGAAAAUUUGGUAAAGUGACCUUUGAAACUAUUCAUUUUACCAAUGAAAUAAGACGAGUACAUAUUGUUGAUGCUUCACAAAAUUCCUUUUGGUGGGAUGUCGGAGUAUUUAUUGGAUUUAAUUUUCAAGCAAAGAAUGAAAAUCUUUAUAUUACACCGUAUAUAAACGCAUGGAUAUAUAGUGGUGGUGCCGUUUGGAGAGAAUUGGAUAUUGGUUUGAGGGCAACAGACGUCACUUUUAUGCCAAUAAAUGAUGAUGUAAAAUAA